AUGGAGGCGGCCUACGUGUACCGCUUGGCGGCCGCGCUGGGCUCAGAACUACAGCGGCUCUCGGAGGACUUCGGGACGGCCGCCCUGGCUGGGCUGGUCCCGCAGGUGGUGCGGCUCCUGGAGCUGCUGGAGACGCUGGCGGCGGGCGGGCUCGGCGGGGCUCCCGAACUGCUGCUGAAAGCGCCGUCGGACGAGGAAGCGCCCGGUGCCGCCGCCGCCGCCGAGGAUUCGCGGCAGGUGGCGGAGCAGCGGCUGGCCGAAGCCCUGCAGCGGGAGCGGCGCCUCCAGAGCCGGCUGGCCCAGCUGGAAGAGGAGCAGCAGCGCGCCUUGAGCCGCCUGGCGGGGGGCCAAGCCCAGGAAGGAAAUUCUAUGGAGCUGCUUAAAGGGGAGCGAGUCCCCGCCCUCCUCCUGCAUGCAGUGAAAACCGCCAUCAAGAAGCAGCGCAAGAAGAUUUGGGCCAAGAUGCUGGGCACGGAGGAGUCGUCAGCGGGCAGGGAGGAGGAAGAGGAAGAGGAAGAAGAGGAGGAGGAAGGGGAGGGGUGGCCAAUAGGCUCUCCUGGCUCUGACUGCACCGAUGGCCCCCUGCCCGAGUCUAGGAUCAAGAGCUUCUUCAACCAGUGGUAUCGCAGAACCUCCCAGCCCAGCUCCCCGGAAAGCAGGCCUGGAACCUGGGAGAUCAUCAGCGCAGAAGAUGUGGGCCCAGGAGAAGAGCAGAGGGAAGAAAGGCCCCCCGGGAGCUCCUCUUCCCCAGGCCCAGCUUCCCCACUUACUUGAGCCGGGACACUGCUGGACUGGCAGCUCAGCCCUUCUGGGCUCCAGGAGAGAUGCUGUGGGGAAUCGCUGGCCCGGCUUUGCCAGGGCAAGCCUGGGGGCCUUGCCCUCCCAGACCCCUUGCCCCCUCCAACGAGGCUGCUCCCUGUGCAGAGGGCAGCCAGAACCUGCCUUGCGAGCGCUGUGCCCAGAACUGGCUGCCUGACCUCCGUCCUGGGCACCUUCCACCUGGCCCUCCCUCCACACAAGGUUGCGCCUUCUGGGAGCUCCCUGGAGCAAGAGUUGUACCCUGUCCUGUGCCUGCAGUCUUCCAGGAUGGGCAGCGAGUGUGCAACCUUCACAUUUAACACCAAAACAAUAAGGACAAUAAAAUGGAAAACGUGCACAUGGGAAUGAAGAGCCUCCUUGGGAGGAAGCAGAAAUCCCCCCCCCCAUUUCUGAAGCAGAGGGAGGCAGCAGGGCAGGAUGUCCUACCCCACUAUUGAUGCCACCCUCCCACCAAUUGCCAUAUGCCACUCAAAACUAGCCUUUCAUGCAAAUCUUAACCGUGGAUAAAGCACCCCUUCCUUCUGGGGGGAAAGGUGGUGGGGAGAAGCUGGGAGCCCCUUGGAACAGCCCCUCAAGACCCACCUCCUGGUGCCCCUCCCUCCCCCUUCCCUGGGGGUGGAGGCUCCUGCUCAGGGGAGGGGGGGGAGCCGUGGAAGGGGGCAUCUGAAGCACACAAAGUUCUUUAGCUUGAAACCAAAUCAAGCUUGAAACCAAAUCAAAUCACCACCCUCCAGACCUUCCGCACAGCCCUUAGAAUCUGGCUAUCCCGUCAGGCCU